AUCCAUUAAUGUUUAAGUGGAGUACGGUUUGAUUUUGAUGGAGAAAUACUGAUAUCCUAAAAAUACCGUUAUUUAAAAAGACAGAAUUAAACGGCGACGUUGCCAUGGUGGUAUUCAGGUGAAGUCUCGAUCUUUGCUGGUCUGCGGUUUUAGCAAUCAGGUUCGUCCGAUCAGAUCAGACCUCCAGAAAGUUUUUCCCUUCAGUUUCCUUGGUUUUCCUAUCAACCAAACAGCGUAAGAUCCAGACUGAGAAUGGAUAAGGUGGUUGAAGCAGUGGAGAAGUCGAAGAAAGAGUGGGAUGAGGCGUACGCGAAGACGCAGGAGCAUAUAAAUGCAAUUGAAAAUUACGGCAAAUCGAGAACUGAAGAGAACAACAAGAACCAGAAUUCACUCCAAAGAUUGAAUGCGUUGGCUCAAGAUGGCUUGGCCGUGCUUAAUUCGCUGCAGUUCAAUCUCGAUCUUCUCGCCCCACAGCUGCCCACUGUCGAGGAGAUCCAGUCUGCUACUUCUUUGCUUGAAUCAUGGAGGAAACAAUACCAAAACUUGAGAUCGAGUCUUAGGAAUGCUAAUUUGCAAGCAAAAGCUAACAUGAGGAAAACUGCUCAGGAAGAGAGAGAACUUCUUCUUGGUGGUGGAGAGGAAUCCACAAUUCGCCGGCGUAAUCUGCAGACGAAGGCUGGAAUGACAUCUGCUGCAGAAAGCAUCACAGAGAGUCUUCGCCGUACCCGUCAACUGAUGGUUCAGGAGGUGGAAAGGAGUGCAAGUACGCUUAUGACUUUUGAGGAAUCAACGGGAGUAUUGAAGAAGGCUGAAAGUGAAUACAAGGGGCACCGUUCACUAUUAAUGAGAACACGAAAUCUACUCUCUACCAUGCAACGUCAGGAUGUUAUUGACAGGCUAAUACUCAUAGCUGGAUUUUUCUUGUUCUCUUGUGCUGUGCUCUAUGUUGUUUCAAAGCGCAUUGGCCUUCUAAAGUUGCAGAGGACAGUCACUGCUGCCAUUAGAGCUGGCAUGGUUAGACAGGCAGCAAAUGCUCCACAAGCUGUAGAAGAUGUUAUUAACGCAGCUCAAUUUCACGAUAAUGCAGUUCCCAAUUUGGAAAUCCCUUUGGGCCAACCCGUGCGGGAUGAACUUUGAACCGUAUAAUUUUUGUUAGCAAUGGUAUGCUGUUUUGUCAGGCAACCACACACUGAAAAGUAUCUUAUUUUCUUCUUUUUUUUUUUUUUUGACAAGGGCAAUGAUUAGAAAUUAAAAGUUAAGUUAAUACAUACUCAUGGCAAGA